UCAGUAAAAGCGUUCGUGACAUUCUUUUCCUGUAUAAGGUCACGUUUUUAUCAGUAAAACUAUUCUAACAACCUUUACGCAUUUAAAACAUCUCUACCAGAGUAUUUUGUUAACACUACGCAGACGGAGAAGUUGGUGUUAGUGAAAUCUUUAGAGCUCGAAAUUGGAUUAACGUCGUUAGUCGCCUAAUAGCGCCUUCAGACGACGGUGUCUCGUGCAUCAUUGCUCGCAAACGUCAACUUAAUCCGAGCUCGCGCUGCCCUCUUCCAACGAUCGACAGGAGGUUUCUACCUCAGAAAUAGCAUGAUCCCUUAAACCCGUAUUAAACGCCGUAACUUUAGUAGAAGUACUUUUUAUCUUCACCCGGUCAUGGAAAAUUACCACCACUCGCGAUAUGAAGGCUCCAGUCAUGGAAGGGAGAAUAAAAUGCAACGAAAAAAAGGACUCGGAGCAGGAAUGUAUUCGCACGGUGGCGAUGACGUGGAGAAAAAGCCUAAAUUUCACUUAAACAUCAGAACACUUACUGAUGAUGUGUUGGACAGGUUUUCUAGUAUCCGGAUCCCUGGUAGUAAGAAGGAACGGCCACACCUCUCCUAUAUGGCCAAGCAGUCUUCUUCUGGUGACUGGUCCACCCCUUCUGAAUUUGAGGAGCUCUCUGCAAAGAUCACAUCUGAGAAGGAAAUCCUUGCCCUGUUCGAGAAAAUGAUGGAGGAUAUGAAUCUUAAUGAGGAGAAGAAAGCCCCACUCAGGGAGAAAGACCUGAGCACAAAAAGGGAAAUGGUCCUUCAGUACAUCAUCACAGCUGCGAAAACCGGUAGCCUGAGAAGCAGCAGUCAGAUCUCUCCUCAAGAGUUUCUGAGUGAGCUGAAAAGCGGAGCCACCGAUGAGAGACUUUUUGCCUGCCUGGAUUCACUCCGAGUAUCUCUCACCAGCAAUCCAGUCAGCUGGGUGCAGAGUUUUGGCCAUGAGGGCCUGGGCCUCCUGCUGGAUACACUGGAGAGGCUCCUUCUCAAAAAACACCAAGAAAAGGUGGAUAAGAAGAGUCAACACAAAGUCAUUCAGUGCCUCAAGGCUUUUAUGAACAACAAGUAUGGACUUGAGCGGAUCCUUGGAGAGGAGAACAGUCUAGCACUUUUGGCCCAAGCUAUUGACCCUUGUCAACCGGCCAUGAUGACGGAUGUUGUCAAACUGCUGUCUGCGAUCUGUAUUGUGGGAGAAGAGAACACUUUGGAGAAAGUCCUUGAAGCUAUUACCACGGCAACAGAGAGAAGAGGUGUUGCCCGCUUCAGCCCUAUCGUUCAAGGCCUUAGCGAUCGCUCGGUCCAGUUACAGGUGGCCUGCAUGCAGCUCAUCAAUGCCCUCGUAACAUCUCCUGAUGAGUUGGACUUGAGGCUUCACAUCCGAAAUGAAUUUAUGCGCUGCGGCCUGCGAGAGAUCCUGCCGAACUUAAACACGGUCAGAAAUGAUGCUUUGGAUAUCCAGCUCAAGGUCUUUGAGGAGCAUAAGGAGGAGGACAUGAUUGAGUUCUCCCAUCGCCUGGAGGACAUCAGAAGUGAACUGGAUGAUAUCGGGGAUGUAUUCAAUGUUUUAUUCUCCUCUGUGAAGGACACAAAUGCAGAGAGUCAUUUCCUUUCUAUACUGCAACAUCUGCUGCUGGUCAGGAACGAUUAUUUCACACGGCCUCAGUAUUUUAAGAUCAUAGAUGAGUGCGUCUCACAAAUCGUUCUACAUCGUAGUGGCACUGAUCCUGAUUUCGAAUACCGGAAACGUCUGGAUGUGGAUUUCAGUCACUUAUUAGAGUUGUGCGUGGAUAAAGCCAGGGCAGAAGAAUUUGAGCAGAGGGCUUCUGAACUAGCCCAGAAGUUUGACGAGGAGUUCCUGGGCAGACAGGAAGCUCAGGCUCAACUGUUAAAGAGAGAAGAAAAGAUCAAUGAACUGGAGGCUGAACUUCAGGCCUAUAGAAACCAGUUUGGUGCAGUAUCAGCGCAGUCUAUCCAGGCCUUGUCUCCAUCUGCCUCAUCUUCAUUUCAACCCGCUCCACCUCCUCCACCCUCCCUUUCUGGCGCUCCAGUUCCCCCACCCCCACCUCCUCCACCUCCACCACCACCUCCUCCUGGCUGUGCCUCAAUGCCCGGAAUACCUCCACCCCCUCCUCCACUGGGUCUGCUUGGGAUGGCAUUCGCCUCAACACAAGACACGCUGCCUUUUGGUCUGAAGCCCAAGAAGGAAUUCAAGCCUGAAACUUCCAUGAAGCGCCUCAACUGGUCCAAGAUCUCACCCCAGGAGAUGUCCGAGAGCUGCUUUUGGGUCAUCGUCAAUGAAGGUCGCUACGAGAACGAUGAGCUGCUCAACAGACUCGCUGUCACCUUCAGCACACAGAGAGCCGCACGAAAAGAAGAAGAGGACCUGGAGGAGAAGAAAUCCAUCAAAAAGAGAGUGAAAGAGCUGAAAGUGCUGGACCCAAAGAUAGCACAGAACCUCUCUAUCUUUUUGGGGUCGUUUCGUAUGCCCUAUGAGGAGAUCAGGAGAAUGAUAUUAGAGGUGGAUGAGGAUCAGCUGACUGAGCCCAUGAUCCAGAACCUUGUGAAGCACCUGCCAGAACAAGAGCAGCUAAACGCACUGGUCAAGUACAAGAGCGACUAUGCCAACCUUUCUGAACCCGAGCAGUUCGGAGUUGUUAUGAGCAGUGUAAAGCGUCUAAAACCCAGACUGAACUCCAUCCUGUUUAAACUGCAGUUUGAGGAGCAGGUGAAUAACUUGCGUCCAGACAUAAUGGCAGUGAAUGCUGCCUGUGACGAGAUGAGGAAGAGCAAAGCCUUCAGCAGACUGCUGGAACUCGUUCUGCUCAUGGGGAACUUCAUGAACGCCGGCUCACGGAACGCCCAGUCUUUCGGCUUCAACCUUAGCUCACUCUGCAAGCUGAAGGACACUAAAUCAGCUGAUCAGAAGUCCACUCUGCUGCACUUCCUGGCGGAGAUCUGUGAGGAAAGAUAUCCUGAAGUGCUAAAGUUUGUCGAUGAUCUACAACAUGUUGAUCGGGCCAGUCGAGUAUCAGCAGAAAACCUCGAGAAGAGUUUGAGACAGAUGGAGAUACAGCUGCUGCAGUUGGAGAAGGAUCUGGAAACGUUCGGCUCUACAGAUGACCAGCAGGACCUGUUCUACAGCAAGAUGGCAAGUUUCUCCACACAUGCAAGAGAUCAGUACCAGAAGCUGGUGAUCAUGAAUAGGAACAUGGUGUCUUUUUAUCUCAACAUGCUGGAGUAUUUUGCCAUUGACUCCAAGAAGACCUCAGUGGAGGAACUCUUUACUGACCUGAGCAACUUCAGAGCCAUGUUCACGCAAGCAGUAAAGGAGAAUGGAAGGAUAAGAGAGGCGGAGGAGAAGCAAAGAAAAGCAAAGGCAGCCAAAGAGAAGGCCGAAAGAGAGAAACGGGAGCGGCAGAUGAAGAAGAAGAGAUUGCUGGAGGUCAACACAGAGAAUGAUGAGACCGGUGUGAUGGAUUGUCUGCUAGAGGCGCUACAGUCCGGAGCCGCUUUCAGGGACCGGCGGAAAAGAGCACCCAGACCCCGAGAUGAACCAACUCAACGGCUCAGCAUGAGUCCACAAAGACCCGUACUGAAAGACUGCAACCACGAAAACAUGAAAGCACCUCUGCAAAGGUCACGGUCGCGGCAGAAUAUCAAUUUCAGCUCGACGCGAGCACCCACUGCCAAGGAGCCUCAUUAUGAGAGCGAAGCCCAUUCGUCUACAGCCCACAGAGCGACCCACCGGCCCGACAGGGAGAGAGAGAAAGACAAAGCAAGAGAACGAGAGAAAGAAAAAGAGCCAACUCCACCUCUUUGUUCCUCCAACGGUGACACAGACGUGGAGGCUUUGCUCGCCCGCCUGCGUGCCCUCUGAUGACAUCACCAACACAUCUACCGCAGACCACUCGCAUUGACCUCUGUAGUCACAAUGGCCAUUUCCAGACGAAACCAAUCACACGGGCGGUUACCGUCACCUUUUGCUAAUAAAUGCUCUUUGUUGCGCACACACAAAUAAGAAAAGUCUUAACAAUUAACCUUUCUUACUGGCUUUCUCUGACCUUUUACCUCCAACAACAAACUUGUUGUCCACAGAAGUCAUUGUGUGCUGGUCUGUUUCUGAAACUUUAGUCAUCACUGUCUUUUAUGAAGCACCUAAUUACAUGACAGUUUAAAUUGACCUUUGGGCCGAGCACUUUUUUCUUUUUUAAAUGUAAUAACCAAAGCAAUUAUUACUCUUUAACUCUUCAGCUGCUGCGUGAAGAUGAAGCUCCAGCGUGUGCAUUUUCACAUACGUAGAUGCUGUUUUGUUUAAAUGCUUUAACCGUAAAAAUGUAUCAAAUCAGAUUAGCCUGCUGUUCAUGCUUUCUGCUUUCAUAUACAAUAUUUUAACAUUUAACUUUCUUACAGCAGCGCAUAACUAUACCUUUGAAGGGAUAGUUCACCCAAAAAUGAAAUUUAUGUCAUUAAUGACCCACCCUCAUGUCGUUCCAAACUUGUAAGACCUUUGUUCAUC